CCACCACCAAACACCCGUCGUACCGUCACGUUGGUACGCCGCCGACGCCGUCAGACAUGCACCAAGGCAACUGACUACCGCCGCUCGAGCCGAGCCAAGCCGAUCGACCGACGACCCGACGCCUGAAAUUACCGACGCGUUGCAUAGUGCUUACGCCGUGCAAAACGACGCCGCGACUACGUUACACGAAGCACGACAAUCCGCCAAAUCAGGCAUCGGUUCCGGCCUUCACCACUGUGCCCGUUGUCAACGUAACCCCGCAUGCUGGUUCUCACGGCUUCUUCUAGUUUCGUAUUGACAUCUGCCAUUGGAGUGUUCACUUCUCUGGACGGUGGCGCUAUUUUUUUUUCCUUCACCCGCCGCCCCCCACCCCUGGAUAAUCGUUACUCGUUUCUAGGUUGCCCGUAACCAUAAUAUUACAAUAUCCGUUUUCGUUGUUACCUACCGUUCGUGCGAGGCCGUAAUAUUAUUUCACCUAUUAUCUCGUCAUUAUUCAUCACGUUGCGAGUUCAGCCGAUACAACGCGUACACGAAAAUCUCGAUUACAUCAGCUUGGAUCCAUCACCCUCGUCAACCCUCUCACUUUGUGUCGUAUGCUGCGGUGACGCGUCGUACAAAAGAACCAUGACGGCGGCAGUCGUGGAGAUUAAGCCCAAUUUUGUGAGAACCGUCACCUGGUAAAUAUGUCGUAGUUUUAUUAUCUCAUAUUGGUUUGUCUGGAAUAAUUAAUCUGACCAGAUUCACAGAAUUCUCAGUUUUAUCAGUCGAGAACUUAAUGUAUUGUUACUCUUACUUAGUAUUGAAUCGAUAACAACUAUCAAGUGCUAAAACAUAAUAUCGAUAUUAAAAAGAGGGAAAACAUGUUUUUAAUUUUUUGGAAAUAUUAAAUUUCUUUUCGGAAUAUUCUUUAAAUAUUUAUCAUUAAUAAAUGAUUAUCAAUGGGACUUAUUUACGAAUUAUGGUAGUUUAAAUUGUUUACAAAAAUAUAUUUUCGGUCGUUAAAUCGCAAAAACGUGUUUUUGUUUACGGUUCAGUGGGAUUAUUGACAAUCUAAAAGUACAUUCAGUUAACAAAAAAUCAUUAUACUUACCAACAUAUUUAAACAGUUUUUCUGCCCAACUAUUUACCUCAAAAUCUGUCAAUGUAUUUGUAUUUACAAUAUAAUACCUAUCAGUAUUGGGUACAUACAAUUUAAAUUAGAUACUUGCCUAGUAUUAAUUAAUUUGUAUUAUAUUCAAAAUGUUAAUUCAUAAUAAAGAUAGGUAUUAACCUAGGUACUUGUAGCAUCUUUUCCUCCUUCUCCUUCAACUAAACUUUUUGAGGCCAGCAAUUCUCUUUCUAAACUUCCACUUGAUCCAAUCUCGCACUUUACAUACACCAGAUGUCCUCAUCUAUUCUCAAUUACAUCCUUUUCAGUUUUCCUCUCUCUAUCUGUUUCCUUUUACUUUUAUUUUCAUUACAAUUUUCACUAAUUCAGAUUUCUCUACCUGUGACAUGCCCAAAUCAUGUCUAUUUUCUCUUAUUUUGUCUACUAUUGAAACCGUGCCUAACCUACCCCUAUGUACGCAUCUCUUAUUUUAUUUUAUUUUGUCACUCAAAUCAUCCACCAGAAUAUUGUCAUCUCUGCUACACUCAUUUUCUGUUCUAUUUAUUCGUCCCUAUUCGUUAUAAUUCUAUUUGCCUUACAACAUAGUCAGUCUCACCACACUUCUCUCCACUUUAUCCAACCACACUUAAUCCUAUGUUUUAUAUCUUCAUAAAAGCCACUGUUCUUUUGUAUACAAGAUCCUAGGAUUUUAGGUUAAAACCAGUGUUAAAACUCGAUAUUGAAUAAAACCACUUAUUUUUAUUUGCCUUCUUGUCUUGUUUCUUCAAAUUUUGUACUCUGUUUUACUUUUACUUAAUGAAAUUAGUUAGAGCCUAGAUCAGUGGUUUUCAAACUGGGUGCCAACGGCACACUAGUAUACCCUGAAUUCAUUAGGUGCGCAGCGGCCUUUUGUAAUUUGCUUUCCUUAAAUGAUGGACCACUGGUACAAUCCGCUCGUUAAGUAUGAAGUCCUAACUCUUUUAAUUAUGAUUCGUUUGAAUAUGACUCAUCAAUUUUGUUAUUAGUUCUAAUUUUGUAUAAAAAAUUAAACAAUGACAAAAAAAAAAAGUCACAGUAUGUUGUGAUAGAAGUGUGUCAUGGUUAAAAAAGUUUGAAAACAACUGGCCUUGAUGAUUAUAAUUUUAAAACAAUGGCUACUUAUAGGUAUAAAUAAUAUUUUAUUUCAGUUUCAUUAAUGAGUUAUCUUACCGAGAGGCUGUUGAAAACUCUGUGAAUUUUAAUACCAGAUUAUGUAUAGAGCGACGUUUAAGAAUGCCGUUUUUGGAUACACAAACAGGUAUGAUUUAAUGUUUAUUUAAUUAAAUAAAAAUAAUAUUUGUUGUAAAAGUACCUAAGUUUGAAUUAUAACUGUAAUUUUUUAGGUGUAGCUCAGACACAUUCCAGUCUAUUAAUGCAUGAACGACAACGAAUGCCUGGUUUAAGCAAUGGACAAGUCUAUACAUAUCCUUCUAAAAGAUGGAAGAAGAAACGUAGACAAUAUUUGUUAAAUACUUGUAGUAGUAGUUCUGUGAACUCCUCCGUAUUCAAUACCAGCAAACGAAAAGAAUCUGGUAAGUUUAUACCAAAUAUAUGAUAGAAUAAAAUUAAUUUACUUUGAACUUGUAAAAAAAGGGCACACUUGUUUUGCUCUCUAAUACAUUGUGGUACAUGUGCACAGUAUACAGAUCAUUAAAAAUAUUUCUCAGAUUGUUAUGAAAAACCAUGUCAAAUAGAUUGUAGAGAACAAAAUAUACAAUCUAUACUCUGUCUCAAACUAGAAUACAUCGGGUUCACACAUCAUGAGUUACCAAAUUGCCCAAUUUUCCAUCUAAUAUGUGGCCACUAGCAGACUGGUUACUAUAUCAGAUGCGCAAUAAUUAAUAAAUAUAAACUUGAUAAAUACAUAGGUCAUUUUUUGAUUUUCGAAACAGUAUUUAAAAUAAAAACGAUUAACCGGGGGAAAAAAAUACGAUUUGUUCACAAUUUCGUUAUUUUAAAUAAGUACCUAUCACGUUUUCUAGCACAAAUAUGGCUCCAAUUGAAAAACGACAGGUGACCUUUUUUGUUUAAUUAUUAAUCUUGUUUUUAAUGAUACAUUUUGUUUUUUGAUUUUCGAAUUAGUUUUCAUAAUAAUCGGGAAAAAACGUAGGAAAACCAUUUGACAUGAAUACGGAAAACGUUUAUGAUUAGGAAAAGUGCUUUGAUCGAAGAAUUACAAGAAACCUUUUUUGUUUCAUUGUACAUCUUGUUUCUUAUGGUGCAAGUCGUUUUUUUAUUUCAUAAUGAUUCGGAAAAAUCAGAAGAAAACGAAGUUCUUGUAAUUCAGUUAAAAAUAUUUGUAAUGACUUGAAAAAUGGGCAGAAUGUUCAUAUUUAGCAAUCAAAUUUAAACGAAAAUCGCAAAAAAAAAAUUAGGCACUUCAAACUAUGUAUUACCGAAUUGAGCCUCGGAAUUGUCUAUUUUCAAGCCAUGGCUUACAGAUAUAAAUAAAAUAACCUUAUGUAUUCUACCUUCCCAACUUCUCACCUACAACAGUGGCCGCUCCCGUCACCAGGAUCAGCUAUUUUCUAUUUAAAUUUGAAAUUUGAUAAUUAGGUAUGUAUAGUAACCACUUGUAAACAAUAUUAAAGUAUAUUUUGUUUAUUCAUACAUAUUUAUGUUAUUAGUGCUGAAUAGAUUAUAUAAUAAUUAACAAUUCACUGAACAAUUUUUGAUUAGGUAGCAAAAAUUUAAGUAUAAAAAUAAUUAUGUUGAAUAGGUAUAGCUCUUAAAGUAUUAACCACCAUGGAUAAGGUAAAACAAACUAUUUGGUUUUUUAGAAUUCGUAUUGUUUAAAUAACAUUGAUGUAACACUUAAUGUUUUUAAUUUGAAUGAUUAGACAAAUUACAAUUUAUUUAUUUCAGGUUUUCAUUAGAUUUUCUCCUAUUGUUUCAAUUUCUUUUCUUUAUUUUCUGGUAAAAUAAAUAGUUGGAUUAAAUGAUAACCUUUAUUCAUACAAAGCAUGGUCUCUGUUGUUAAAACCUUAGAUCAUGUACAGUGAAUGGAGCCACAGCUCAAUAUUUUGAUUUACGUGUUAUGUUUAAAAUUGUUCAAAAGCAGUGCUUAUUUUUAGAAUAAAGUAAAAUUUGUAACAUGUAUUUGGUUCAAUAAGCCGAUUACUGAUUGAAGUUAUAACCUAUAAUUGUUAUGAUUUAAGUAUUGUUUAGAUAACUUGGUAAAAUAAAUACUGUGUGUUGUAUAGAUUUAAACAAAUUAAGGUAUAUGCCUUAAUGUGUAUAUUUAUUAAUAUUAUAAUAGAUAUCUUAGGGCUUAAUAAUUAAAAAAAUAAUAAAAAUUAUUUUGAUGUUUUCUAUUAAAACUAUCUGUUUAUUUUUAUACAUAAAAGUUAUGUAUAGAAUAUGUUAUGCAUGGACAAUAUUCCACAGAUAUCUUUAAAUCAUUAUAAUAUAUAAUAAUAGUAUAUAUAUAUUUUUCUUAUUUAAUGAAAUAUCAACAAUUAGAUUAACAACUUAAGUUUGCUUAUAAAGCUCAGUUCUUUAAGUUUUCAAAUCAAUUUGAAGAACAAAACUGAUAACCUAUUUAAUUAAUAUUAUAUGAUUAGACGAAGGGGCGUCAAAAUAAGAAAAACUAUUUUUUAAAUUUAGCCUAUUGGACAAAAUGACAAAAUAUUAAUAAGCAAAAAAAAUCAACACUCAUCACCACAGUUUGGUGAGGAUACAAGUAGGACUGCUAUUCAUACCUAAAUAAUCAUAAAUUGUGGCCCAUGCAUAGUCUAGUGAAUAUAAUAAUUAUAAAAGGACUAAUUGUUCCUAAAGUAGAUUAGAACCAUUGUCAGAUAGGAAUGUUAGGACUUAGUAGCAACUACUCUAUAUGCAGAGGCAUAAGAAUCCAAAAGAUUUUCCCAUUCCAGCUCCCAAAGACUUCAAAUUGAUCAGUGGAGAAUAAGGAUUAGAUCAAAAUAAGGACACAAUGGGAGACCUGACAGAUAAUUAUUAUAGGUAGAGCUAGCCAAGUCAUCAAUUCUCUUAUUUCCUGAGAUACUGACAUGUCCUGGAAAUUAUAAAAACAAUACACAGAUUACACUGACAAAAUAUUAAUAAUAAUAUAUAAAUAUAUUUAAUUAAAUUAUAUUUGUUGUUUGUUCAAAGUUAAAUUGUAUGUAAAAGAUAAAAGUAUUGAAUAAUCUGAUAAAACUGUCACUUAAAUAAUAUGGUAUUUAUCAGUCAAAUACUGAACGUUGGUUUUCAAUUAUUUAUGACAAUAUAAUAUAGAAGUACUUAUAUCACCUACAUCAAUGGUUCUUAAACGUUUGAUUCACGUGGACCCCAGAUGAAAGACUUAGAAAACCUAACCAAUACCUUUUUUAUUACAAAAUAUCACAUGUUAUCAUAAUCAAUAUUUACCAAUAGAGCUGAGGACCUCUGACAUGAGUAUCGCGGAACCCCCAGGGGAGGGGGCUGCAAACCACAGCUUAAGAACCACUUACCUACAUUUUAUAUUAUAUUUAUAUUGAUGUUUAAAAAUGAAAUUAUAUUAGUUAUAGUAAUUACAUAUAGUUGAAAAACAUGAUAUUCAUUAUCAAAUAAUUAUAUCUAAACUUGAUAAUAUUUUUUUUUAAAAAAAAUUUAGGUUUAGCAAGUGGUGGUGAUUCUGGAGAUGGAACAAAUUCAUUUAAUAUCGAUUUAAAUACUGGGGAUAGCCAAAAUGCAAUUUCAAAUAAUGAAGAUAGCAAAGACAGCUUAGGAACUAACACUGUAGUUUCUAAAGAUGAACCAACUAAUCAAAAUAAUUCUAAUAGUAAAGUUUCAUCUGUAAGUAUUUAUUUAAAAGUUAUGAUAUUUAGUAAAUUCAUUUAAAGUAGUGAUUAAAUCAUGGCAUUCAGAAAAUGAUUAUUAAUAUAGCUCAGAGUUAAAACUGAUUUUUAGGUUUUGUAUUUUUUAAAUUUAACCUGUUUAAAAAUUACUUUCUUAAUAUUCAAACGCAGUGGAAUGUUAAUAAUUUUUUAUACAUUUUUUAUGGUACUCCUUAUAAAAUAAAUAAAACUCAAUUUUUUAUUUUGUUUUAGGAAUGGUAUUAUGAUGAGUUCGAAAUUCAAGAUAUGGAAGGUUUUGAGGAACCAGAUGGUGAUUCUGAUUAUGAUUAUGAGGAAAGUUAUACUAAACGUAAGAGACGGAAAUGUGGUAAGAGUGGGCGUAACAGUUCUAAUAAUGAAAGUACAAGUGGUCGGCGUAGUACAAAGGUAUGAUAAAUUAUUAUUUAUAAUUUAAAAGUUAAUAGAAUUUACUUAAUUAUUCUUGUUCUAUAAUUUAAAUUAAUUUAUACAGGGCUCAACAUCUGGAAGAGGCAGAAAGAAAGGGAUGUCUGGUUUUAUUGAUCUGCAGGACCCUGAUAAACCCUAUGCUUGUGACCGUGAGUACAUAUAUUGCAUUUGUGUUAAUUUCUCGGUUUAUGCUAUUUUAAGUCAUUAUACUUAUUAUGGUUUUAACAUUUUUAUAACCUAAAGAUUAACUUGCAAUAAACUUGCAUUUAUUUCUACCCAUAUUAUUUCAAUUUGUGUUAAAUAAGUAUAAUAUACCAAAAUGCAUGUUGCGUUUGUAAAUCACAAUGGAAUGAUUUAUAUAUAUAUUUAUAUAAAUAUAAUAUAAUUUAGCUUCCCUGCACAUCAUACAUUUUACAUACAAAUAGGUGUAUGUUACAUGUCUUUAGGUAUAUGUUUUAGAAAUGUUACAAUUAUCCUUUUUUUUUUUUUUUAAAGUUCAUACUUUUUACUUAAAUAUGGUGUGUAAUUUAUGUAAAAACAAAAAAAUGCAACUUAUUAUAUCUUAUAUCUACUAGAUUUUUUUUAUUAUGAUUUUGUAUAUUGUUUGGCUGGUGUCAUUACGCGUCACUAUUUUAGUCUUAACUUGUUUGCGUUUGAGUGUUUUGUUUGUUGUGAUCAUUAUGCCGGCUCUAUGAGGUGUUAGCGUAUCAUGCUAAUGUUUCAGUAUGUGGAGCUCGUUACAAGACUCGGCCUGGUCUAACAUAUCAUUACACCCACUCACACAAGGAAAAGGCCGCUAUCAAUAUACCCAUAGAGGAAGAGGCCAGUCAAGAGAGUGGGUUAGUUUCAACCCCUGUGUCUCCACAAACACAGCAGUCUGAUCACCAACAUACUACAACAGGUUGGAGCAAAUUCCAGGAUAGUUAUGUCACAUUUCUAAAUACCCCUGGUAAUCACUAAAUGGCUUUGAAUUAAAAUUUCUUCUGGCUGCACGCUCUAUAGCUCUCUGGUUUUUCCAUAAUUUAUUUUUCUUCUUUAAAAUUAAAAUUAUAUUCUAAAUUGUUUUUGUUCAUGAUAAUCAUAUAACUAAUUAGAUUAGUAUAAAUUAUUAAUAUUUUUAAAACAUAUUGUUUUAUUCAACUAACCAAUUCAUGAUUUACCAGGUCCCCAGAUCAUCAAUCAUUUUUCAACUUAUUUUCAAUAACAAUUAAUACAUUAAAUCUAAAAAUGAUUUAUUUAUAUUAUUCAUUAACUUUUAUUUUAAACUUGACUUGUUACUGGGUGAUAAUGUUCAAAUUUCUAUUUUAUUACAUAUUAGUGAUAUGUAAGAUCAAUACAAUAAUAUUAUUAGUGUUUGUAUAUUAUAUAUGACUUAAAAGUUAAAAAAUUAAUAUAAUACAAUUUUAUUUAACAUUGAAUCUCACUAUGUAAAAUAAAAUAAUGUAUUUUUAAUAAUUCGUUCAUUUACAUUUCUGUUUAAUUUAUUAUAUUUUUUUCUCUGUGCGUUUUUUGCUUUGCAUGCAAUACCUAACUAUUAGUAUUUUACCAGUGGGUUUUAAUUCAUAUAUUUUAUGUUAUGUAAUCUGAGUAUAGAUUAUAAUAGUGGAAUCCAAUUGUCUGUGAUUAGUCUGUAGAAGUGAUAGUUAUUUUAUUUUGAAAUGUGUAUUUAGUAAAUAUUUGAAGAAAAAAAUAUUUAUAUUUUGCUUACAGUGGAUAUAGAAUUUUUGUGCACUUAUAACAAUUACUGUAAUGCAUUUCUAAUAGUUGAGUGAAAUAAACUAAAGAAAAACCCGGAGUUGGAUUUUAUAGAAGUUAUUUAAAAUAUUGUAUUCACAAGUUAAGCACCAUAGAGUACCGUUUGCAUGUGAUUACUAUUUACUAGACAAUAAUAUUUAGAUAUUAUAAAAUUGCUUAUGAAUUGAUAUUUAAUUUCUUCUUUAGUUUGAUUUAAUGUUGUAAAAAAAUUCCACCAGUACUUCUGAUUAAUUGUGGAUUGUUAAUGUACUGAAUGAUUACUAAUAUUACUAAAUGGACAAAAUUGUUAUUACCAAAAUCGUUUAAUAAUACCACAUUUUUUUCCUUAUUUUAAUUUUAUCUAUAACUGUUAUUUUAAACACUUGAUUUUAAAAAUUAUUACUAUUGUUACUAUUGGUAUAUAUUAUUAUUAAAUGAUAAAGUCUGAUAAUAUGCCUUACACUGUAAAAAUGUAAUUUUUAUGGUAAGCGUUAGUCGUUUUAUGCAACAAAUUAAAUACAAAAAAUUAGCAUUAGCUUAAAAUAAUUUUAUAAUUUAUUCUUCUUGUGUAGUUUGUAAUUUAUGUUGUAAUUAAAGCUUAUUAACAACAUAAAAAACAGUAUACAUAUUAUAUGAGGGGUACACGGAACCAUAAUAUUCAUGCAGGUCAAAAACAAAAUAUAAUUACCAUGGUCUACUCUUAAUAUAUAAGCAGAAAGCACUUGUUUUAAAAUGAUUUUAUUGGGUGCAUUAGAAUUUUUAAUAUUUUUUUUAUUUUAUGAGUUAAUUUUUCCCUGUACCUCUCAUUUAUAUGCAGAGCUGGGCAUGAAUUAAAAUCAAAAUGACUUUAAUACAAGUUUUAAGAAAUCUUGUAAUUUUGAAGUCUUUUUGAUUGUACGGAUUUAGGAUUUAUUUAAUUUUAUUAAGGUUUAUAUCUUCGAACCAAACUUGUUUCAAAAAAACUUAAUCAAAUUUUAAAACGACAAUGCUUUACCAGUCUUUUUGGCAACCCAGAGUAAAAAAUACAAAUUGAUUUAUGAUUUAAACUACUUUAAAUUCAGAAUAUUUAAUUUCUCUUAAGAGGAUACCAUACCUACAUGUACUGUCUCUGUCAUACAAUUAUGUGACAUAGGAAAUUUUCUUUCAGCAGGGACAACUGUUUUCUUAGUUCUAUUAUUAAAGUGGAUUGAUCUAUUAUCAAACCUAAAGAUAAAGACAUUGUCUAUAUCAUGUGACAUGUUUUUAUUCAUUAUUUUAAUUUUUAAGCAAGAUAUGUAUUUUUCAAUUGUAAUAAUUCACAUACUCAUACCUUGCUUAAAAAUUACAAAUAAGGUAUAAAUCAACCAUAGGGCAUUAAUUCACUCUAAUAUUAAAAUAAACAGUACAGUUGUCUCUGUUGAUAAACAUUUGUAAUUUCCCAUAAUUGUAUGAUAGAGAUAGCACAUGCAGGCAUCCUCUUAAGGAUACCCCAUUGUGUAACCAAUACCUUACUAAUACAUAAUGUUUUCAAAUCUCAUGAUUUUUCCCAGCUCUGUGUAUUCCUGUGUGUCGAGAGUGCAUAUGCGCUUAAUUGUGAUGUUUAAACAAAAACAUAUAUUUCACUACUAAUUUUCAAAGAAUGAAAAUAAAAUAAAGUCCCUCUUUUGUUUGUUUUUGUUUGAAGGAUAAGAUGGAGGUGGCAGACACAUCCCAAAUGACAGAAAAAAUUAUAUAAGGGUUUAGUGGUGAAGGUCGUUUGGCCAUACCUUUACAUCAAUUUAUGGCAACAUGAUUAUAAUACUGGUGGCAGUGACUUUUAACCACGUCCUUAAACCAAAAUAAUAACAUCACAAUAGUAUAGAUAGUAUUCUAUAAUCUGGUUUGUUUUGUUAACAAUUUUUUUUUUUUUUUUUAUGACAUCAGACAUUCCUAAUUAUAUUAUUGAACUUUAACCAUAUAUUGUACUGAAUAAAAUCACUUAGUAUAGAUGUUUAGUAUAUUCCAUAUGUAGUACUAAAUUUAAUAACUAUUGUGAAAGAUUUUAAAAAUGCCAAAAAAAAAAAAAUAUAUAUGCUUGUGUGACACAAAAUAAAUUCAGUAUUAUACAUAAUCUGGGAUAAAUCAUGAGCUUCCUUCCAUUGUAUUGAAUUUUAAGUUAUUAUUUUAUACAUCAUUUAAUUUAUUGAUAACAAUGUACAUUCUAAAAAAAAAAAUAUUGUGAUACUUUAUAACUACACCAAUCAUUUUAUUCAUUAAGCAGUUAAAUUAUUUAAUAUUUUCAAUUUAUUAAGAAAAAAGAUACCUGCACGUGCUGUCUAUGUCUUACAAACGCAUGUCAUCAAAUUUGUGUAUAGCAAGGAUGAUUUUGUAGUAUUAAUUUUAAUAUUAUAGUGAAUUUGUCUAUUAUCAUACUUAAGGAAAGAACAUGUGUUUUUAUUUAUUUAUUUUUUUCUUUUCAAAAUUUUAAUUUUUUAGCAAGAUAAUUAUGUGAAAUAUUAAAAUUUAAAUAUGAAGAAAAAAAAUCAUAUAAACACGGAUGUUCUUAAUGCUUAAAUUUGAUAAUAGGUCAAUUUACCCUUUUAUUAAAACUAACAUCAUAAAUUUGGCUGGAUGAUAAUAAUUUUGGUGUGUCUGUAAUACAAAGAGAGCACAUGUGGGUCCUACUUCCUUAAGAAAUAUCUUUAUCAAAGAUUAGUUGAGUUAGAAAAGAAUUAGUCAAUUAUUUUAUUACUUAAAUUCUUAUUAUUAAGGUGAUAUACAACAAAGUUAAAAUAUAUAUUAUUUUUAUUGGUUUUCUCAUUGAUUUUAUUUAAAAUAAUAUACAUUUGAUCAAAGGAAAUUCAUUUUAAUGAACUUGAGCAAUAAUAUUAAUCCAUUUAAUAAUUUACAAGCAAUUUAAUAACAGUUAUAAUUUUAAUUUUAAACUUAUGCUUUUUAUAAUAUGCAUACAAAUGUGUUAAAUACAAUAAUUUUAAUUUAAAACAAAUUUACUAAGUAUAAUUUAAUAUAAUUAUGUUCCCAUUAAAUGUUAUUUAUUAUUUAUUUAAGAAAUAUUCUUUUUUCUAGUCUAUUUUAAAAUUGUAAUUAUUAUUUUUGUUAAAAAAAUUAUUUUGAAAUUUAUAUUAACAAAUACAAUUAAAGUACAACUUUUAUCAAGUAAAUAUAUUUACCUAAAAGGUAAAUUUCUUUAAGUAUUGUUAACUAGUUACCUAUAAAAUGGCAUAUAUUUUUUAUUUUUAUCAUUCAUUUCAGUCAAAAGUAUUUAUAUGCACAAUUAUUUUAGUUGAUUUUAAAAUGAGAAUUAUUUUUACAAAAACUUUUGGAAAGUACAUACAGUUUAUAUUGUAACAAAAAAAAUUGAAUUAAUUAUUAAUAUUUUAGUUAAAUAUUAUUUGUUAUAUUUAUUAUCCUUAACUGCAUCGAAUUAAUAAUAUACAUUUUUUAAAUUGUUGUUAUAUCUUAUUUUUUCCUUUGAUAAGUGAAAACCAGUGAUGGGAAAGAACUAUUGUUCAGUUUGUGUGAAUAAGCUAUUAACUAGUCAAUUUUAAGUAAAUAAACUGGAAUUUUAAACUUUGUUUUUAUUGUUUAUUAUCAAUAUAUCGGUUUUGAUUCAGUUUUAUUGGCAAGUUAACUUUUAUAGACGAUAAUUAUGUUUAAUACUAAUAAUUAGGGUUCAGGAUUUAGAAAAAUGGUAAAAUGGUUUAAAUUUUCCAUGUCUAUCAAAUCUAAAUUAUUAAAUAUAUUUUUCUAACACUGACUCAAAUUAUUAUCAAAAAUCUAUUUUGUUUAAAUAAAAUUGUACUAUUAUAGAAAAAAAAAAAAACUAUGGGUUAAUAAUUUGUGUAUCUUUAAAAAAUGGUAUUUAAUAAGUUAAAGGUGUUAGAGGAGGGACAUUUAAACCCUUUUACUAUUUGGUCUUAUAAUAUUUUCUUCAAGGCGUUUUUGAGGUUUUUAAGAACUUUAUUGUGAAUUUUAUAUGCAAUAAAUCCCAAAUCCUACUAAUAAUAUUACACUUUUAAGACUAAAAGUGAAUAUUUAUUUAAAUAAAAUAUAGAUAAAAGAUAAUGACAUGAAUCAGUAUUUAAAAUGUAUAAUUAUAAAAAAUAAUAAUUUAUUAUAUUGCAUGAGUCAUAUAGAGCUAAGUAUUUUUCAGCAAUUAUUUUUACAAUCAUUUCUAUGGAAGAAUUUAGUAAUUUAUUACUAUUCAGUGUUUAGUAUUUAUUUGUAUUUAAUCAAAUGAGUGGAGGAACAGGAAGACUGAAAAAGAGGUGGUUGGAACCUAUUGAAAAUUAUAUGAUAUGAGAACACUUGUGUAUACAAGGUGGGAGAUUGGGUCAAGAGAAGAUGAGAGAGGAGGGUUGUUCAACCUCAAAUAACUGAGAUGAAAGAGAAAAUGAAAACGUUAGUUCAAAACCCACAUGCAAUAAUACUAUCGCCUAUUAUUAAUUUUAUUAUUGAUAUUACGCAUUAUAUUAAAUACUUAAAUACUAAAUUUUUAAAACUUUUUCUUUAUAACAAAUAUUUCUGAUUUUAUUAUUUAUAUAUAUGUAACAUUUUGAUCUGUGGUGGUAAUUUUAAUAUUAUAUUAUUAUUUAUAGCUUUUCAGUUUUCAUAAUAUUAUAAAGUAGACCAUUUAUUAGUAUAUGCCAUUGACUAUUGUUCAAAGGUUGAAAGAUAAUGAUAUCAUUUGAACAAUAUUUUGUUGAAUAAAUAUUUUAAUAUUGAAAAUUACUGAUGAGUAAAUAUUAUCUAUGCUUAACUCAAAAACGUUAAUUUAUUUCAUAAAUAAAUUAUAAACCAUUUGUUUAUACUUACAUAAAAUAUUAUAUAUUUUAAUAAAUAGAGUUAUUAAAAUAAAUAAUUUACUCUUAUCUUAAUUUGAUGAACUUGAACUAGUUCAUUUUGAAAAAGAACUUUCCCAUCACUGGUAAAAACCCAUUAACUAUAAUUUUAAACAUAUUGGGCUAGUUAACAAGUUAUUCUUAUUUAAUUAUAGUUUUGGUAUAAACAUAGUAUAUUUGGAACAGUAAUUAUAACUAUACAUAUUGUGUAUAUAAUAAUAUAAUAUACAUAUUCAUAACUGUUUAUCAUUUUAACACAAUUGUCUGCAUAGUGCAUACCUAUUAGUCCUAAAUGUAGUACUUUAUGAGUUAUAAAUAUGAUUCAUCAAUUGUUUAAGUAAAAUUAUAUUUUGGGAAUACAUAUAUGAAGUUAGUUUAUUUAUUGAACAAUAUCCAGUUUUAAGGUAGUUCAUUGUAUAUAAAUACUUUGAAAACAAUUUGUAUUUAAUGAAAAAAAUUAAAAAAUGUACAGUAUUAUUUCAAAUACAUAUCUUUUCUAGUUAAAUAAAAAAUUAAGUUUAUUAAUGUGUUCUUUAUAAUGGAUUUGUCUUAAAAUUGGAAAUUGUCUCCUGUGUAUUCAUUUUUUAGUUAAUCUCAGAUUAUUUUAAGUCCGUAUAAUUCAUUAAGGCAAGGGUGCUGUACUCCGGACAUAUUUUGGGUUAUGUAUUAAUACAUUGUUUAAUUUAAAUAAACUAUGCAAAUUAUAAAUAAAUAUUGUUUUAUUUUUUAUAGUUAUCCCUUUCUUUCUUCCUAAGACACCUACUUAUAUAAAGAUGUACCCUUUUUUAUAUAUAUACUUAAUACUAUAGCAUUAUAAAUAGCAUUACAGUACUAUUUAUAAACAAUACUAAUUAUUAUUGUACUAUUUAAAAUUAAUUAGCCAUAAAAUAUAUAUUUUUAAUAUAAUUUUAAAAUUGUUAUCAGUUUUCAGUUUUCAUUAGAUAUAUAAAAUGCUCAAAAUUAAUACAAGCACAUUAAAUAAUAUAGAUUGAAAUCAUUUUUUAAUAUUAAAUUUUUAGCACUACAUUUUAUGUAAGUGUUGUUUGUUUUUUGUUUUUUUGUUUUUUUUUUUUUUUUUUAAGGUUCAUUGAUAAUGGAGAAACAAGAUGAAAUAGUUUAAUAUUUAUUUAUUUGUAGUAGAACAUAAGUAGUUAAGUUUGUCAGUUGGUCUUAUUUAGUUUUAUUAUAAUUAGUAGUUUUACCUAUUAUUAUUAGUAUAAAUAAUAAUAAAUUUAAAAUUAUAAUCGUGCAAGUUGCAGUGCAUUACACAUCUGGGAAAUAAUUACUUCCCUACUACAAGACUGUUUGAAGUAUGCAUUGUGAUUUGUAGAGACCUAAAGCAUGGUUUGGUCAAGGCACAAUUUGGACCGAAUCAAUGGUAAUGUGUUUCAGGUCCAUCAAGCAGCAACAAUAUUCCAGUGAGUUCUCCUGCUCUCCACUCCAAACGUGUCUCGGCUAGGAUGAAUCAUCAAAAUAAUUUGUCUAUUGCAUCAGUAAACUCAAGUGAAGCAGCUUCAAGUAAUACAUCAACAGUAUACCCAUCAACAGCAACUUCAACAAAAACAUCUCAACAUAAACAGGGUUCAAAAGAAGUAAUAAUUGUAAUAUCUUUGAUAUGAUAUAAUAUAUAUUUACAUAUAAUCAUUAUUUUACUCUAGGGAUAUUCUAAGUCAAAAACUGGUGCAAAAUCUGCCAAUCCUUCACCUUACUGCGAUUUUUGUUUGGGUGAUGAAGUAUCCAAUAAAUCUGGUCAGCCUGAAAUAUUAAUUUCUUGUUCAGACUGCGGCCGUUCAGGUAAAUUGUUUAGCAUACAUAUUUUUUUUUUUAAUUUUGAAAAUAUUUGAUAAUUUCAAAGGUCAUCCAACAUGUCUCCAAUUUACUGCAAACAUGAUAAUUUCGGUUGGAAAAUAUCGUUGGCAAUGCAUUGAAUGUAAAUGUUGUUCAAUUUGUGGAACAUCAGAUAAUGAUGUAAGUAUUUAAUGUUUAUACUUAAUUUAAUUAAUAGUUAAUUUUUAUCAUUGAUAUACAGGAUCAACUUCUAUUUUGUGAUGAUUGUGAUCGUGGCUAUCAUGUUUAUUGUUUAACUCCUCCACUAACAUCACCCCCAGAAGGCUGCUGGAGUUGUAAAUUGUGCAUCAAAGAAUUCCAUUCAAAAUAAUAAACUUACAAAAUAGAUACAUUUUUGUAUGUCUUACUAAUAUUCAUGCACAAUUUAUGUCAUAUUACGCAACCUUUUGUUGCAAAAUGGUAAUGUUUAUAUUACAUUAAAAAUUAAACCAUUGACCACUAGUUAUCUGGUGUCAAUCAGUAUUAUGUAGUUUAAGUUUUUUUUUUUAAAAUAAUAGUUAAUUUCCGAUUUAUAUUAAAGUAUCCUAAAUUAAAAUUGUUUACAAAUUUGAUUUAUACUUAAUAUUUUUACUUUUUUAUAACAACUGUGAAUUAUAAUAAAUAAACGGUGAUUUUUUUUUUUUAUCAUUAUUUACUUUUUAAAUAAUCUUGAUAUUAUAAAUAAACCAAUGUUAUGCUGUGUAAUUCUUGUGAAAAAUGUUUAAUGUAUACGUUUACUCUUUUUGUGAUAAGUAAUUCAAUGAUUAACCCAACAUUAGGAAUAGCAAAUUCAUGUAUUUUUUUCUGUGCCUGUGACUGUAUUAAAUAAAUUUUAUUAAUUAUGUAAUAAGACUUAGAUAAGUAAGUAGAUUGCAAUUACCAAAUGUAUACUUUAUUGUUCAUUUACAACAUUAGUAUAUAAAAUCUUAAAAGUCAUCCUCAUUAUUAUAAGAUCAAAAACCAUCAAUUCUUUUUUAAUUAUUUUUCUAUACAUACUUGUGUACUUAUUUCCUAUUAGCAAUAGAUUUAAUGUAAAAUAUUUAAAUUUUGAAUAAUGGGUUAAUAUUUAAAUAUCGAUUUCUGUAUUUGUAUUAUGUAUAAAAUGUAAUGUACCUAAUUUUAAAUGUGUGAUGAAUAGAAUAUACACUUAAGAUAACAUAACUUAAUAUAAAAUUUCAUUAAUGAACAUAAAGGUAAUGCAAAGAAGGUAGAAGGAAUGUCAAGAAAAAAAAAUGUUUAAAACCAGUAUGUGCUUAUUAUAAUAAAUUGAC